AUGGAACUGGAGGUCAAAGAUAUUAUGCGAAUCAAUGAGAUGCAAUGGGGCCACCUCAAGCAUCAGGAGGAGGACAAAGUGAAAAUCAUGAGAGAUCAGAGUACAUCCCGAAGCCCUGUUAACUUCGAUGCCAGCCCAUCAGUUCAGAGGCUGUUGCAAAAAUUCAACAAGGAACUGGUAGAGGUUCUGUUUCUCAUGAAAAGCAACCACCUCCACCCCUUUGUUGUUCAAAACCGAAUGUAUUUCUUAGUGCUCUUGGCUCUGGCCACACACCAGCUGGUGUCAAAUCCCAGUCUGUAUUGUGUCAGUGGUGGUUGCUAUCUAGGUCUGAGGGUCCUGGCGGGUAGAUUUCCUUAUAGAAAAGAGAAGCAGGCCGUGAGCCAGCUGCUAAAUCUCCAUAGCAUGAAGGCCGGGUGUGUCAGUUAUGGGAAUCUGCUUCCCCUCAGCUGGAAAGAGUGGAUAUUCUUUUACAGGCUGUAUAAGGACACGGGCUCUGAAAAAUCAGAUUGUACGACCUGCCAGAGCCUCAGAGAGAAGGUCCAGGGCGUGUCUUCCGGGGACAGAGCUUCCUGCUCCAUACCCCCACUGCCAUUUACCGGCAGGGAGAAGAUGUUUUGGCCCGGAACGACUUCCUUCCGAGGUCCAAAGUCUCUGGAGGACAAGGCUCAACGUCUGAGGGAGCAGAGCCUCGCACGCUUUGGCCAUGGACGAAUGGUAGACCCCGAAGAGGAAGCCCCUGAGAAAACGGAGCCAAAAUCUGCUAAGCUGCAGACUAAGACUACGGGGACCAUGACCUACUGCCAGCUCCCUCUCCUCAGCCCCAACAGUCAUGGCUCCCUGGAUCUGAGAAUUCCAACCGCUUCCACCGGCCCUGUUCCCAAGCAGAGUGAAGCCGAGGGAUCGACAGCAUCAUCCCUAGAGCAAGUAUACCCAGAGAGCCGCAUGUUCCAGGUGGGAGGGCAGGAUGCCCACCAAAAAGACGUCCAUAAUGACUCUCCUGAGAGGAGAAUCUUUAGCCAUCGAGGGUCAAGCCCCUCGGGGUCCUCGCUGAUCAAGGACCCAAGCUACAGGAAGGACCCAGACCACAGCAUACCGGAAGUCAUGGAUGGCAUUUCUAAGGUUCUGAGACUCGAGGACUCCCCCAGGCUGAAAAAUGAACAGUGGGCACUAGAGGACCACACGGAUGCAAAGCGCCAUCAGUCUAGAGCUGGGGAAAUUCCCUCCUUGAGGCACUGCGGGAGGGACGAUACCAACACCUCACCCCCGCUGGCCCCUCCUUCCUCACUGGGUCCCCCAGCUCUCCCCAGCCCCAGAUAUCUGGUCCCAGCCUUUCCACGUUCCCCCACUCCAGGGUCGCUGGAACAAAGGCACCAGAAGCCACGGAUGUCGGUUACAUUGUGUGACAGGAGGAUGGAGUCCUUCCUGGAGCUCAGUUUGAAGUCUGGGCAACGGGACCACCAGGGAAAAAUCAAGCCUGGCGACAUGUCCGAAGAAUCAGUUAAGGCCCUGGAAGCCGUCUUGAAGAGAAAGCACGUGGCUUUUCUUUCUGGGCUUUCUCUCAUACAUUACCUAACUGGGCCUGUCACAGUGUCCCCAGUAGGGCUGAUCGGGCUGGCUGUGAGAACAGGCCACGAGCUUACCCCUACUGGAGACCAUCCUGACUGCAGUGUGGCCAACUGGGUGAAGGGGGAAGCAUCUGAGAAGGCCCAUAUCUUACCCGCUGCUGAACGCCACCAGGCUCCAAUGGACAGCAGAGUGCGUCGUCACUCCCAGGAAGCAGAGAACCGGGCCAGACCUCAGAGCCGAACCAUGCGGGCCCAAGGACCGAAGAACAAUGGGCCAGGUUCCCGCCCCAUCAACUCAUCCCUCUGCCCCAAGUCUGCAGGCCACUUGGGAGCUAUCACACCUACACAGAGAGGGAAGAAGGAUGCUGGAGAAGCCCACAGCUGGGCCUCUGUCUCUUCACUGCUAGAAGAGUUCCCAGGACCAGCCAAAUCCAAGGGCCCCAUUUCUUCCACCUUGGGCCCAGCGAGGGCCAGCAAGAGCAAUCAGGCGUCACCUCAAGCUUCGUUUUUAGCCAAGCUGAAGAUGUGGUUCAGUUCUCUCAGCAAAGUCCAGCAGUCCAACAUCAGCCCCAAGGCUUGGGUGACAACGGGCUCAAAGCAGCCAGACAAGUGGAGCUCAGCAUCCAGCAACAACAAACCGCCCUUUCCUGAGAUUAAAUUACAUGGAGAUCUCAGCAUCUCCGUUCUCCUGGUGGUUACCAAGAGGCAGGGUUUUGCAACAAAGCAGCCCCUGGGUUUUAAGAAUACCAGCUCUGCAAUGAAAAUUCAAUUUGAUAAGUUGAAUUUUUUCCUCAGAGCCUUCGCGAACAACAAGAUUUCCACAAUUCAGUGA